GCACAAUGAGGGCAGCAUCCUGUCAACAGAGGGAUGGGGGAGCGCGAGUGCGACACUCAGCUGAACACGCUCUAGCCUUUGUCCAGGUGGUUUGAGCACUGUUGUCCCUGAAAUCUGCUAAACACCACGCCGGGAACUUGAGUGAUAGCAAAGACUUUAUACUUGGGAGUGAAGUACCUGCUCCUCUUGUUAUUUUGACGGCUUGAUCGGACUGGCAGGAUGCGUACGAGCUCAGUGGCUCUCUGGUCGGAGACUUCAAGUUAAGCUUCAAGACCUGAAACUGCGAGGAUUCCAACAGAUUAUCUCACAGUCUUAGAUUUGGUAACAGACCCUUGAAGUUUGUGUUCUAUCCCACUUUUGAGGAUGUACGUGGCGUUGCUAAUUGUGUCUCUAGUGGGACUGUCUUCAUUUGCUGUUUUAACCCAGAUCGACUGGACAUGCGGCGGUAAUAUCACAAUUACAAGUGCAGGGUACCUGACAUCACCAGGCUAUCCUUCUGGGUACCCGCCUUCGCAGCAGUGCAUGUGGCUCAUAAGUGCUCCCGACCAGCACCAGCAUAUCCUUGUCAACUUCAAUCCACACUUCGACCUUGAGAGCCCUGAGUGCAAGUAUGACUUUUUGGAGGUGUAUGAUGGGGACAGUGAGAAGGCAAGUCUAGUAGGGAAGUACUGUGGUAAGAUUGCUCCAUCCCCAAUAACCUCCAGUGGAAAUUUCCUGCUGAUCAAAUUUACCUCUGACUACGAGACCACUGGUGCUGGUUUCAGCAUCCGCUAUGAGGUGCACAGAACAGGCACAGAAUGUUCCAGAAAUCUCACUGCUUUAAGUGGGUUGAUCCAAACACCAGGCUUCCCUGAUAACUACCCCAACAACCUGGAGUGUACAUUCAUCAUAUUUGCACCAAAGAUGUCAGAGAUUGUGUUGGAGUUUGAGAGCUUUGACAUGGAACCUGACAACACAGGACCAGCUGGAGCCUCUUGCCGAUUCGACUAUUUGGAGAUCUGGGACGGAUACCCAACAGUUGGUCCUCAUAUUGGAAGGUACUGUGGUUCAAGUAGUCCAGGCCGGGUUGUGUCAUACACUGGCAUUUUGUCCCUCUCCAUUCACACAGACAAUGCCAUCACAAAGGAGGGAUUCUCAUCCAAUUACAGGAUCCAGUCCAACCAUGAGCCAAACCCUGAGGAAGCCAAUGAGUGCCUGUCUCCUUUGGGAAUGGAAUCUGGGGAGAUAAGUGAUGACAGAAUUGCCUCGUCAUCUCAGUACAAUCCCAGCUGGUCUCCCUUCCGUUCACGAUUAAACUACCACGACAAUGGCUGGACACCAUCAGAGGAUUCUGCCAGGGAAUGGAUACAGGUGGAUCUGGGCUUCCUGCGGUAUGUUUCAGCUAUAGGAACACAAGGAGCCAUUUCUAAGGAAACUAAAAAAGCUUACUAUGUUAAGACCUACAAAGUCAGCAUUAGCACCAAUGGGGAGGACUGGAUCAUGGUGAAAGAUGGCACCAAACACAAGGUGUUUCAAGGCAGUUACAACCCCACUGAUGAGGUUCGUGCCUUUUUCCCAAAACCUACAUUGACACGUUACAUACGGAUACGACCUCUAACAUGGGAACAAGGCAUCUGUAUGCGCUUUGAAUUAUAUGGCUGCAAGAUAUCAGUCUACUCCAGAUUGCUAGGGAGGAAGAGAAUACUGAUUGACUACUGUCCCAGGCUUGAUCGUCUAUCUUCCAAGGUCCUCCCACAGACACUAAACCUCUCUGACAGUGCGCUUCAUGCAGACUAUCCCUGCUCUAGCAUGUUAGGAAUGCUUUCAGGUCAAAUCUUGGACUCUCAGAUCUCUGUGUGGCCUGAGGUGGAGAGGGGCUGGUUACCCGAGCAGGCCAGGCUGCUAACAGGCCGCUCUGGCUGGGUGGCACCAUCUGUAUCACAUGGCAUAACAAACAGUUCCUGGUUGACAGUGGACCUUGGUAAUACCUACUGGGUCACCGCACUCAUCUUGCAGGGGGGAAAACACAAGAAUAAGAUCAUGUUUGUCAAACGCUUCAAACUGGUCUAUAGCACAGAUGGCUCUGACUGGCGAUACAUCCAGGUGGAUAACAGCAACAAAGCUAAGGUAUUCAUGGGGAACCAAAAUCAUGACACUCCAGAGGUGCGUUUCUUUAAGCCACUGACAAUGCGUUUUCUACGGGUAUAUCCUGAGCGUGGGUCGCAUGAUGGCAUGGCUCUCAGACUGGAGUUGCUGGGCUGUGACACCCGAUCACCAGCUGCCACUGUUCCAGAUGCUACUCAUCUUCCUCCUGCCACUACAAUGGUAACCACAGUGUGGCCAACUGCUAACAUUGCAGUAACCAACCCAGCAAUUGCAAGCAUAACCACAACAGAGGACUGUGAUGAAGAAUUUGCAGCUUAUCACAGUGGAACUGGCACAAGUGAAGACUAUGAGCCUAUGGGUACAAUGGCAGAGUCCACGGAAUCUGAUCCAGAGUUUGAGGUGACUAUUGGUCCAGCUGUACAAGAACCUGCAGAGUGUGAUUUUGAGCAGAGGUGUAAGGACUUUGUGUGGAGGUUUGGACAGUGGGAUGGAUCCAUGCUGAAGACACUGAACCCCAUUCUGAUUACCAUCAUCGUGAUGAGUGUCCUGGGUGUGUUGCUAGGGGCUGUGUGUGUUGCAGUGCUCUACUGUGCCUGCUCUCACAAUCCUAAGCAAACCACUUCUGCCCUUGAGAACUACAAGUUUGAACUGGUGGAUGGCCUCAAGCUCAAAAAAGAGAAAGAAAGCCCACAGAAAUCCUACACAGAGGCAUAAGGACCAAUGUUAUCCAAACUCUUAGCUAACACUCAAUCAAAGCUUGUGACUUUUCUCAGGAUAUGCAGUGAGAGGGUGCUCUAAAGAAAUGAUAAUGUACAGUUUAUUUUUAAUUACAACUUGGUUGGUUGGCCUGUUUUUGUCCUUGUUUAAUACUUGGGUGCUAGUAAUGGACCAAUCAAGAUAAAAGUAUUUACCCCCUGUACUUCUUUCAAGUGUGUGUGUGUGUGUGUGUGUGUGUGUUUGUAUGACCUAUGACUUUUGUUAAACUCAAAUAGAGCCUUCUUAGGUGUUUUUGUUUCCUUUUUAAAUUUGGUCUCAAAAACAAUUUUUGUUUGUCAUUUCCUAUUUCUGACAUCUUUUCUUAAAGUAUAUAUAGACACUAAGGUUCCAAAUUGACAGAAUAACUUACAAUCAGCAUUAAAAGCAAAAGAGAGCUUGGAAUCUUUGACAAGGUGGAUGGCCUUAUGGAUUUAUCAUUCAGCUGAAAGCUAUGAUGCUGAAGCAGAAGCCACACCCAGUGAGAAAUUGUGCAUACUGGCAGAGAAUGUGGCAAAGGCCAGGAGUGGAUUUUUCCUCCUUUGCUUACAUUUACAGCAUUUGGCAGAAGCCCUUAUACAGAGCGACAUUUGUCUCAUUUAUACAUUUGAGCAGUUGAGGGUUAAGGCACAAUCAUUUCCACAGAUAAGAAGAAUGCAGUGCACCCAACCAGGAUAUCUAACCCAAUAGGGUUUGGUUCUUGAUAUGGUCAUUUGAUGAUUUGAUGAUUAAUUUAUCAUUUCUUGAGUUCUAUCAUUUCUCAGUUAGAGAAACACAAAAAAUCCAGUCCUAAUCUAACUCACAAACAUGACUACUACAUUCCAAAGAAAUGAUAAAAUACUUGUUAACGUAUUGUUGAUAUGUAUGUAAUAAUGUAAUAAUGUUUACGUAUUGUUGAUUAAUAUUUUUUUUGUUGCAAAAGUUUUUUUUUUGUGAAAGUAGGUUUGUAAGUUUGUGAGCAUGUGUAUGUGUGUUCAUGCAUGCAUGUGUGUUAAAACAUAAAUUAUAUUAUUUUUGUAGUGACACACCUAAUCCGCAUGUUCUGCACUGACACCAUGCACUGACACACUAAUGUUUUUAUCAGUCCUGAUGCAACCCAUCUUCACAACUUUGAGCCAGUAACAAAUUCAGAUUAGUUUGGUGGUAUAUCAUAGUUACAAAACCUAAAAUAGUUACACUAUGAAUAAUAUGCUCAACCACACUGCAAAAACAAUAAAAACACAAAAAUACAUACCUUGUGAAAAGCAAAGGUAAAAAAACUCAUUAUUUUUUUUAAGCUAUUUUACUUCUCAGACCAAAUAUUUUAUACUUCAUAUUCUAUGAUAUAAAACAUUACACAUCCUCAAAAUUUAAAACCUGCAUUCUUCAGGGUUGAAUGACGAACAGAGAAUGUCUAUGUGAACUGGAAAUUACUUUAUAUAUAUAUACACUAAUCACAAAAAGUUAAGGAUAUUCACUUUCGGGUGAAAUUUCAGGAUGCACCUAAAAUGCACUAUAACCUUUACAGGUGAACUUAAUUGGACCUUCUCUACACUUUUGAAUGUACAUGUCCAACUGUUCAGAGUUUCAGUACAUUUUGCAUAACUUGCUGUUCUCUAACAAGGUGCUUAACGGCAAAAUUCACAACUGGUGUUUGAUCCAUGAAUCGACCAAGAAAUUUUCUGGUUCAAUUAGAAUUGGUAUUUAAACAGUCCUCUUCAUCAUACUGUUCACAUUUUGACAUCAUGAAACCAAGACGAUGCCUAACAAUUGAUCAACAGUACCUCGCCAUUGCAAGGCUUCAAACAGGAUGUUCUCAGAGGGAAGUGGCCACUGAGCUUAGAGUGUCACAAAGUGUCAUCAGCAGGUUGUGACAGAGAUACAGAGAGACUGAAAGAGUCACAGAAAGGCAUAGAAGUGGACGUCCUUCGGCCACAUCCCACAUUGAUGACCGCUUCAUUGUGAACAGUGCCCUGCGGAACCAGAUGAUGAAUGCCACUCAACUCCAGGCACAUUUAAGGGAGGUGAGAGGCACCCAAGUAUCACGUCAGACCAUUCGAAACCGUUUACAUCAGCAUGGUCUGCGUGCUAGAUGACCUGCAAGGGUACCUGACCACACCACCAGACACAGGCGUCGGGCAAGGGAGCAUUUAUGCUGGACGAGGGACCAGUGGGCCUCAGUGCUGUUCUCUGAUGAAAGUCAAUUCAUGUUGAGCAGAAAUGAUGGCCGUCAAUGAUGUUGGAGACGUCAAGGAGAGUGCUAUGCAUCAGCCACUGUUGUCACCAGACGAGCCUUUGGUGGUGGUGGUGUUACAGUCUGGGCAGGUGUGUCUACUCAAUACAGAACUGCCCUACAUCUUGUGACUGGUACAGUGACAAGCCAAUACUACCUGAAUAACAUCAUUAGUCAUUGUGCCCCUGCAGGAACAACACAGGCCUAAUUUCAUCUUCAUGGACGACAAUGCUCCAGCUCAUCGAGGUCGCAUCUUUAGGGAAUGGCUGCUGGAGGCUGGGGUACCUCAAAUGGAGUGGCCUGCACUUUCUCCAGACCUGAAUCCCAUAGAAAACCUAUGGGAUCAGCUGAGUUGCCGUGUAGAGGCUCAUAAACCUGCACCCCAGAACCUCAAUGACCUGAGGGCCGCCCUUCAGGAAGAGUGGAACGCCAUGCCUCAGCAGACAAUAAGUCGACUCGUGAACAGCAUGAGACAUCAUUGUUAAGCUAUAAUUGAUGGUCAAGGGCACAUGACAAAUUAUUGAGACAGUGACAAUUUUUGUUAUGGUAUACCCACCACCGUUGGCUUUUGUUUCAAUGAAUUGUUUGAGAUGAGGAAAUCACCAUUGCAUGCUUCUACUUAAAUGUCCUACUUUCAUGAUAUAAUAUCACUGUAGCGUGAACUUUU